GUCUGGAAUUAUCUGUCAAGUUGAUAUCAAAAUUUUAUCAAAAACACCUGAAAUAUGAAUGAUAACAUGUGUUUUGCGGUUCAGUCGAUCAUCUACAAUUUAAAAUAGGUCACUGAGGUCCUACAGGUGAUUGCAACUGGUUUUCAACAGUGUAUAAUAUUGGAAUAAAAACAAAUAUAAAGUGCCUCCGGCAAAUUGGGAAUUUUGCCGAAACGAGUAUGGUUUUGUGGUGAUCAUCGAAGUCUGUUACUAAUAAUCAUUCCAUAAAAAAAAAUCGAAAAAUCUGAAACAAUGGCAAGAUACUAUGAAAAUACGUCGACCUUCAACUUUAGUUGGGAUCAAGUUGCAUGCGGCUAUUGGAAAAGAUAUCCCAAUCCUCAAAGUACACAUGUGUUAUCAGAGGAUACUUUGAGUCGACAGAUUAAAGAUGGAUGCCUCCACACAAAGAGAGUGCUUACGAAAACAAAUAGAGUACCCAAAUGGGGUGAAAGGUUCUUCAACGCGAAGUCAGUCAAAAUUAUUGAGGAAAGCAUUGUGGAUCCCGAGAAGAAGAUUUUAGUGACAUAUACCAGAAAUUUAGGAUAUACAAAAGUAAUGAGUGUGGUGGAACGGGUGGAGUACCGGUCAGCGGGUCCGGGACAGACCAUCGCGCGCCGGUCAGCGUGGAUCGACUCGCAAGUAUUCGGCUUCUCACGAGCAAUACGGGCAUUCGGCGUUGAGAGGUUCAGGAAAAAUUGUACACAAAUGGUUAAUGGCUUCAACCACGUCCUACACAGCAUGUUCCCGAGGCAGGUUCCCUCGCAGCACACCAUGACGCCCAUGACGCACACGCUCAAGGAGAUGCGAGAAGCAGCAGCGGCCGCCACCGACCGGGCAAAGGCCAACGUACUAUCGUCUGUCAACAGAACAUAACAGGACAAAGAUCGAGGGCAGUAAGGGUGCACUGGAUCCUAUACUAUCAACGUACAGUUUGCUAUAAAGUUAUGACGAUACGCGUCACACCUUCCAAGUGUUUAAGGAUACAGACUGUUUUGUUGACUGUACUUCCACGGUUUACUAAGUGUAUUUGUAUAGACUCAAGGCCGGGGUAUUAUUAAUACUAAGUGGUGGAUUACAGUUAUUGAAGGUUAUUUGGUCUGUUGUUGAUUUGUCCUUUUCUUUGAAGCUAUUUUCUUGAUUUAAAAAAAGGCGAUAAAACACACAAUAGUUAAUUGGAGGCUUUAGGUCUUAUGAAUAUGGAGGUUAAUAUUUAAGAGCUAUUGUUGAGCGAAAGUAUUGUCAUUCGAUUUAUAAAGUACUGGAGAGAGGCGGAGCUGCAAUAUAUACUUGUCGAAAAAAUUACACAAGUUUAUUUUAUUUUUAAUUAGAAAAUUACCUGUUUUAAUAAACGCCAUUUUUUUAACAUGUGCAUAUACAAUAUAUGUACUACGUGUUAAUGUACAAUCAAUAAUAUAAAUAUAAAAUAUAUAGUAAUAAAGAUGUUAUUUAUCAGUACUAUUUUCAUAUUUUAGGAAUACAAACAAUAUUAUUUUAAAAUAACGGCAUGAUUUUUUCUUAUGGUAACACUAUUUGGUGUAUAUGCAAUAAUGUUAUAAAAUAUAUGCACCCUUUCUUAUUAAUUAUAUAUUUUUAUACCUUAAAUAUAAAUUCAUUAAGUAAUGAAACUUCCGCAAAAUAAUACCUAAUUCCAUAAUAUAUAUAUAAUGUAUGUGUAUCGUAGAUUAUUAAAAUUUCGGCUUUGAAUGAACACCAAAACACACGUUGAAAGUGGAUGUAAUAAUAAAUAAUGUAUUUCGACAUGAGUUUGAGACUUAUGAUAUUUAUUGAUGAGACAAUAUGACGCAUGAUUAAUGAAAUAUACUGAUUAAAUAUUAAUUGAAUUAAUCAUUGACUUAAAUCAAUGAUACGAGGUUUAAUCAGGUUUAUUUUGAUUAGCUUCCAUGCAAAUCAAUCAAUGCAUGCACCUUAUUUGAACUCAAAGAAAUGUUUAUAUAGAUAAUACUCUACUGAAUUGCUUAAAUAAAUAACCGAUUAUUUACUGUGUGAAAAGUAACACUUUAGUAGAACGACAAGAAGUUUAAAACUAAAUUAACAUGUCUAGGUAUAUUACAAUAUAUAAUAAUAUUUAAUAAGCCAUAAUAUGUAAUCUUAUGAUGAUUCUCUUUCUCUUCUAUUCCACUUACACCUCAAUCGGAGUAACUGAUAGAAAGAGAUGCGAAAUAAUAUUAUAAAGAGAUGAUAAAGUCCACUAUUUUUCAACACUCAACACUGGAGCAUAUAUCAGAACUGAUUGAGUUGAAAAUUCAAAAAAAUAAAUAUACGUUUCUGUAACACCAGAGGAAUUGUAGGUACCUGCAAUUUAGCAGGUGUUCAAGACGAUAGUAAUAGCUUAUCAUCAGGUAAGCCUGAUGUAUUGGUUGUCCCUUAUGCUAUUAGGAUUAACCAUGACUGGGUUGCCGUUUUAAAGAUCGUAUUUUAUU